AUGAACACUGAUGAGUUUCGUACGCAGGCCAAGGAGGCCAUCGACCAAAUCGCCGACUAUCAUGAGUCAGUUCCAUCUCGUCCUGUGGUCUCAACGGUUGAGCCAAACUACCUUGCCCCUUUGAUCCCGACAUCGGCGCCUCUUGACCCAGAGCCUUGGUCCGACAUCACAGCCGACAUACAGUCUAAGAUUAUGCCAGGCAUCACACACUGGUCCAGUCCCGGUUUCAUGGCUUUUUUCUGCUGCACAAGUAGCUACCCGUCCGCCAUUGCCGAAAUGUGGUCAACAGCCUUCAACGGCGCCCAUUUCAACUGGGUCUGUAGCCCUGCUAUGACAGAGCUCGAAGUUAUUGUCAUGGAUUGGCUUGCAAAAUUGAUUGGGCUCCCUGAGUGUUUCCUUUCAAAGGGCCCAACGAAUGGGGGAGGUGUGAUUCACGGCUCGGCGAGCGAGGCUAUCUUGACAGUCAUGGUUGCUGCGCGGGACAAGUUCCUCACCAGCAAGACGGCUCACCUGUCUGAUAAAGAUCCUGAUGCUAAAGACGAUGAGCUUUGGCGCCUGAGAAGCCGCUUGGUCGUCCUUGGUAGCGCUGGGGCUCAUUCUAGUACUAAAAAGGCCGCUCAAAUCCUUGGUGUUCGGUUCGUCGCCAUUCCAGUCGACGAGGAAAAGGGAUUUGCUAUGCAGGCCAGUGACCUGUCCCAUGUCCUCGAUGACCUUGCCUCUCGUGGUCUGGAACCCUUCUUCAUCACGGCUACUCUGGGCACCAUCGAAGUCUGUGCUGUCGAUGACUUUCCUGGCAUUGCCAACGUUCUCGCACCUCGUGUAAACACCCCAAAUGAGAUAUGGGUUCACGUUGAUGCGGCGUAUGCUGGCUCUGCUCUAGUACUCGACGAGAACAAGCCUAUCGCAGCCACUUUCGAAACCUUCCACUCGUUCAACUUUAACCCCCAAAAGUGGCUUCUGACGACGUUUGACUGCUCCGCUCUCUGGGUGCGCAACCGUUCACAUCUUAUCAAAUCGUCCCUCAGCGUCAAGCCGCCGUACCUACAGGACCAGCUAUCGGAUGAUGAUCGUACUGUCGACUAUCGAGACUGGUAG